AUGUCCUUUGUUACCCUUGCAGUCUCGGUCCUUCUUUACUACUCUAAUGCCCCUAAGGGCGAUGGCAUUGCUAACGAUUUUAAUAAUAGAUUUCUUCGUGAUUGUAUUCGCAAGUAUCUCCUGACUGCCACAACUUUGCCGUCUUUGCUGCUUGCGAUCCGAACGACGGUCUUUCCAAUUAAUGGUAGGGCCAGCCUAACGCGGGUUUCCGGGAUUUCUGCGGCCACACAACAGCAGCAGCCUUCCACCCCUGGUUCAGACGCCGAGAUCGGCACCUUUGCCAGCAGCGGUUCAAAUACUGAUGGUCAAAAUCGCAUCCAGACUAGUAGCAGCAGCAGCAAUGCCUUACAGGAGACGCAGGCAUCGCUUAAUACAGCCUCGCCUCAAGCCAGCAUGGUAGACGCUUCCUCGUCUAGAUCUGAAAAACCAUCUACAACAGAGGUAAAAACGAUUAAGCGGGCAUGUGCUGCGAGUAUACUCGCACUCAUUCCUCGCCGGAUCGCCUUGACUCUUUUCGCAAUUCAUCAAACAGAUGGGAAUUUUUCCCCAGAGGCAGCCAGUAUCACGGCCAAGGACAAGCCGGACCCGUUCGUUCAAUCCAGCGUUCCCGAGUCUUCGGUUGAUAGUAGAAUCGACUCGCCUCUACCAGGCGCUGGAUCUGAACCGGGAUUGGCAAACGAUUCAAAUCCGAGCCGUCAAGAUGGUCGACAUGGUGGGCGAGGCACCCAUCGACAAACCCUCCAAGCUCAGGGCAGUCAUGAUCGCAAUAAUAGAGACGGGAAGUCCACCGAUGACGGCCCUAAUCUGCCAAAGUCCAACUCAGGUAUGGCAUCGAAGGAUUACAAGGACGAGGAGGAUGCUGCCCUACUAUCCGCCAUCGAACAUGACCUCCUCGACCUGUUUUCAGACUCUUAUUGUAACAAGCAUCUCAUCUACUCGAUUGUCGAGCUCGUUCUCGUUAAGCUGAUUCCUGAAAUGGGCGAGCAUAGCGUGACCGAGCUGAUGAACGAACGAGGAGUUUCAUGGUCGACUGCAUCAAUAACAACAACCAAUGGAUGAUUUUCUCACUCACCUUUCCUCCCCUUCCUCUCUCACUUUCCUUAUUUCUGGCCUGAGUCUUUAAACUUGGUGACGUAUUUAUUUAAUGCUCCCAUUACUCACUUGUAUAUAUGUUUAAUAUUAUUGACUUUUUUUUUUUGCCCUUCCUUUAUGCGCUCACUCACGCUCAUUCUCUCUCUCUCGCCCGAUCCCAUCGGGACGGCAUUGACACGAUAGAAUACUCCUUUUGGGCUGCUCAAAGUGGCAACAGACCCUAACACACGCAUGACCAGCACCAGGGGUCUGUCGUUACACUCAUGCACCAAGAGCUGCUUGACUUGAGAACGGGCCUUUUUGCUCUUGCGACCGGUCCAUAUCUUGUAUCUUGCCUGGCACGGCAGAGUAUACAGAGAGUACCUUGCUGUCACUUCUAUCAUGCCGCCAUCCACCUCUCCCUUGCUGCCUCCCUCCCUCUCUCUGGCCUCAUUUCUCUCUUUUUUACCACCAUCUCUAUCCCGCCUGCACACAGAUCCAUGUUGCCCGACAGCGCUCAGCACUGUCAUGCCUCCCGCGGAAACCAAGUAUAACUUCCGAUAUCGUUCAUGCAACCUACCUGACCGCUCAUCCCCAUUGAUUUUUCUCCGCAUAAGCGCCCUGUCGGUCCAAACUAUAUUGGACGGUUAUAUACAUUGUUACAUCAUAACUACUUGUCUGCAUGCCGUGAGAAGUGGCCGUGGUAUUGACCUUCUGCCUCUCUCCACUGUAUCCCUACCCUUACCCUACAUGCACACUGACAUCCUACGCACCCUCCAUAACAUCUUCCAUUGACCCGAUGCAACGGUAAAUAGACAAAAUAAACAUAGUAGACUGGGACAGCCGAUGGACAAGACUUCUCGUACUCUAUUUCUUUUGCCUUUCUUUCCUUUCUUUCUUUUUUUCAUUUACCUUUUCGCUUCGCUCUUUUGCCAUGCGUUCGUUAGCUAGGUGGU